CAUAUGAAGACAGCAUAGCCUCUAAUAGUGAUAUUUGGACUGUAAUGCACCAAGAGUUGUUCAAUUUCAGAUACAUAUAUAUUUUUUAUAUGAGCCUUAAAAUAUCUCAAUCAUGGAAAUAUACAAUCUCUGCACAGCAUUGCAGAACCAAGUGUUUAAGUAUUACUGCUAACUUUGUGACAAACUUUUACUGCCAAUAAAACUGAACAAGACACAAUAGGAUGUUUACAAAAAGGAAAGUAGAUCCAGAGCUGGAGAAGCUGAGGAACGAAGUGGAUGGACCGCCAAAUUUAGAUAUGAUCAUUGCUAAUAUCCAGAGAGAAUCGUCGCGCAUUCACGCUGCGUACUUGUUUGAGCACAGUGGCAGGGCUGCUCUACAGAAACUGUGCCUGCUGCUGAGCUCCACAGCAACAGGGAAGAUUUACGACGGGUGGCAGGAGUUUGCAGCGCACAUGGGAUUAACGAUGGAGCAGAUACGCUGCAUAGAUUAUGACUUCAAAGGGCUCCAGGAUCCAACGUAUUACGUGCUUUUGACUUACGUACAGUCUCCGGAGGCAACAAUGGACAAAAUUCUGAGUGCUUUGCAAAGGAUGCAGCGACUCGACGUUAUAAACCAAAUUAAGGAUUACAUGCACGAUCUAGUCGGUUAUGUUGCGUCGCAACAUGUCGUAAGCUGUGAUGAAUCUAAGAUAAUUCAGCCUGGACAUAUACCAAGAGCACCGUUAGUUCUGAGUCCCAUAUUGACAGUGGAAUGUAAAACCGGAGUGAGAGAGGGCGAAUCAAUGUACACACCACAAGAUAAUCAGCAGAAGAAGCAUGGGCAAACAUAUGGCUGUAUAGUCAUGCUGACUUUCGCCGAUGACGGUUUGCCAACUGCUGAGUGCAUCGCAAAGAUAUUCAGGUCCAAGCAGCCGCGAAUUGGCGUGCUUAUGCUGCAAGAACAGGAGAAACACGUCUACAGUAGAGCUGAAGAAUUUAUAGACGAUUGUUUCAAACAGGUCGACUACGUUAUACCAAUACUGACAAGAGGAUACAUCGAAAGAAUCAACAACUCUGUGAAAACGCACGAACAGAUACCUAAGAAUUUGGAUACCAAAUAUUUGAAGUACAUAUACUCCUUGUUGAGAUACGAAUACAUAAGAAAUCAAUGCUGCAACAAUCGUGUGAGAUGUAUCGUGCGUGAUAAAGAUGUUUAUACAAUUGUGCGAGCAAGCCUGCAUCCCACGUUGCAGGCGUGGUUUCGUGAAAGUGAUAUCGACGAAUUCGUAAACAACAUCCUCUUCCACAAAAUUUGAAAACCGCGAGUGCCCGGACGAAAAUAAAAUUUUCGCUAGCAGCUUUUGAGUACCUACUAAAAUUUAUCAUUUCGAUCAUCUUUCUGUACAUAAUACUAUCUCUUUGACGAUUCAAAGACUGUGGCGGGCAUAAGAAUAUCGUGGACAACCGCUGUAAACUUCAAUUUGUGUGAGAUUCCUUCGCAGCCUACCGACAUCUCUCUCACGUUAAUAAAAUUAACGUGCGUGUU